AUGUCAACUCGCACCUUCAUUCGAGGCGCGCCGACUUCUCGCGGUCGUGGACGGGGUGCCAGUCGGGGUGGAGCAGGAGGAGGCGGAGGGUUCAGGAAGAACGACGCGCAGAAGUAUCGCGACUACGGGUGCUUCUUACCGAACGGAGAGGUCCUGUGCUUUUGCAAUACGGAGCCGCGGAUCAAGGCUAUUAGGCGGGUGACGAGGAAGGAGAGUUCGCCCAACUUGGGGAGGGAGUUCUGGUCGUGCGGGAAUUGGGUCGAGGGAGAGGGAUGUGGCUUCUUCCUUUGGUGCGACGAGGCAGCAGCCAAAGGCCGCGAGUACAAGACACCUCCGCCAGCCGGCGCCGCACCACCCCUCACGCCCUCCUCAUCCCCUCAAAAACGUUCCUUCCCCUCCUCCUCCCCUGCAAAACCCUCAGCGGCCCCUCCAUCCACACAAGAAGACACCUUCGAUGACAUCGACUUCGACUCGCUCGACGCCGAGAUCGAAGACGAGAUCGAGGAUGCGGAUCCACCUACUCCUGCAUCUUCUUCAACACCCGCAUCAGGGUCGCCGGCUAAGAAACCUCGCUUCGAGAGUUUCGCGGGGUCGUCACAGGGCCCUGUUACUCCGACCAAACAGGCGGGACAGCGUUUGGGAGGAGUGGGCGGAGGAACAGGACAGACGGCGCGAACUGGCGGGUUCGACGCCAUCCGAAACGACCCCGACUCGCCUUUCCACGCGCUCCAGCGCUCGCUCUUCGGAAGCGAUGCCACAGCUCCGCCGACCUCCUCUCCCACUACGCCCGGCUCGUCACCGACGAAAGGAGCCGACUCGGAUUCCGACUCUUUCGCCGCCCUCUCCUCAGCCCUCUCAUCGCUCCCCAGUUUGCUCGACAGCGCCAAGAAGGACCGCGAGAAGGACGCGAGGCUACUGAUGGCGGGCAAGAGGAAGGAGGAGAGUCUGCGCAAGUUGUUGGACAAGGAGAAGGAGGAGCGGGAGAAAAUGAGGAGGGAGAACGAGGGGUUGAAGGAGAGGAUUAGGAUGCUCGAGGAGGAGACGAACGAGCUCCGCACCCGCCUUUCGUGA